GGGUGGACUCGUAGUAUAAAUUAGUAGUAUUUUCAACUAAACUAACUUUUUAUUCUUUACCGCUUUGACGUUAACGGCAAAUAUUAAAUAGUACAUUAUUAUAGAACUGCAUUGUUAUUACCCUUUCAAAUCCAGUUUUCUCGUGAGUAUAAUAUUCAUCAAUACAACCCUCCCAUUUCAGUUGACCGAGUACAAAACUGUUGUGUAAUGUUUUCACAAGUGCAAAGUGAAAGUGCAGCGAACAGGCAAGAGUCGGUCGUGUCCAAGUGUGGCUCCAUGAACAACCUUAACGAUCCUCCAAGGUGGAAUAUCCGGCCUGACCAGAGGGGAGGUGGUGAUGGAAACAAAUGGAAUUAUGCCUUACUUGUGCCAAUGCUAGGUCUAGCAGCAUUUAGGUGGAUUUGGACAAGGGAGUCUCAAAAAGAGAUACAGGAAGUAAAAACAACAUAUGAAAAAGAUAUUAAAUCCAUAAAGAAGGAUCUAGAACUGAAAUACCAGGACAUUAUCACAGAGAACCGCAGAGCUGUGGCUCACCUUGAGCUGGAAUUGGAAAAGGAGCACAGCAGGGUGCAGGGUUACCGGGACGCUCUUAUAUCACAGAGCCGCAGGCUUCUAGAAGAGCGAAAACUGUUGCAGCAGGAGCGUGAGAAGAUUGAGAAGGAAAAGCGACAGCUACUACAUUCAGGGGCUGCAGCUGCCUUGUACCGUAGCAUUUUGGAAAAGGAAAGUGAUUGGCAAAAUAAAGCCACGUUUGUACUAAAACAGUUUGAGGAAGCAUUAGUUGAAAGGCAAAGUGCUUUUUGUAGUAUUCUUGUUCCCCGAGACAGGCGACUGGAGAUGGAGAAGAAUUUGCUCAUUAAAGCUGCCACAGACCCAGUCGCUCUGGAACUGAAAAUGGAAGCUGAUCUUAAAAACAUUUUCAAACAUGACAGGUACUGUGCUGACCUAUUAAACACAGAUAAACGCAAAAAUGGAAGACUGAUGUGGCUUUUUCUCAAACAGUGGGAGCUACAGGUUGAACUACAGAAGUUUAAGAGAGCAGAAAAAUCUCUGUUGGAAGCACAAUCAAACUAAGUGACCUUGUAACUUGAAACACCAGUAGAUACCUAAAACCUUCUGCAUAUUUUGCUUUGUUAAAAAAUGAAAAAGAAAAAAAGUAAAAGAAAAUAUUAGCUUUAGUAAGUGAUGGAUACACCUUUUUUUACAUUUCAUGAUUUAUCCUAGAUGUGAAUCUACUGUAGAUAUUAGUAUUACUUAAGACAAUGCAGAAAUUGUUAAUUUAGGCUUAGGGUAAAUUUUCUGUUUUUGUUUUGUUUUUUCAAAUCCAAAAAAAUAUAUCAAUAAUCAUGUAAACAUACACAGUUAAAAUUUGAGAAAACAAAUGUUAAAACAAAACAAAUUGAGACCAUAAAUAAAGCUAACCUAACUUUGAAGGCAGUCCUAAACUAAGAGAAAAUACAAAAUUAAUGAAUGUCAGGCAUCAAAAAAGGAACCUAAAGCAUAUUGCUUUAGACAUAAAACAAAACCUGUACUUUUUUUUAUCAGCACCAAGUAAGAGAGAGUCCAAUUUUGAACAUUAAAGGAAUGCUAAACUUUAAAAGGAGUCAUAAACUAGUGCUUAUCUAAUAAUAAUAUAUUAAAUAAUGUAAAGCCCAUAUUUAAUAAGUUAUUCCAGAUCAUUUAAUAUUUUUAAACGCACCUUUUCUUUGUCUGGUUUAAAACAUAUCCAUGGAUAUAGGACAGACAACAAUAAAUAAUAAGUGCAUAUUCAAAUUUAUAACACAUUGGACUAAAUUACUUCCAGAAAUUAUGAAAUACGAGGUGAAGGCCUACAAUAUGUAUUUAAAAAAAAUGUUUCUUACAGAUCUUUAAAGGGAAUGUAAUUUGCUCCUGAUUUAAAUCACAACAUGAAGGAGACGGUGCAAUCCAGAGCAAACGUAAAGCACUUUGACCUUACGUUUGUGUUUUUCUAAGUUUCCUCAAAAUCAGACCCUAUGUAUUUUUUCACAGGGGCUUUCACUGGCUCUGUUUGCUAAGAAAGGAAACAAAUGCAAUCCCAUCAUAACUCACUUUGUGUUAUAUGUGUACCGAUUGCUGAUGUAUAUUGUUUGCUAACUAGAUGUACAGUACUUGACCAAAAAUGUUACAUAUAAAUGUCAUGUAUAAAUAAACAAACAACAGAAAAUCA